AUGGCUCGGUAUUCUCAGUUUGACUUUUAUCAACAAUCUCCAUCAACAUUAGAUGUGACUCCGUCAGAGGAGGAGGAAAUGAACGUGUUGGAUGACAAGAUUCUUGACCCCACCUCGCCCGGUCUUUCUGAUCCGCGACGGUCUUCAUACGAUACAGAGACAGCCUUCUCACAUCGGGGUUCCGUCUGGUCCAACUACUCUGCCAGUUCCGAUCAGUCUCGUCCAACGCAUAUGGGUCAGCCCGUUUUAGAUCCUACGGGUCAAUCAUACAUGCAAGUCGAUGGUACCAACUACUCUCAACCAUCAUGGGCGCUAUCACGAACUGCUUCGGGAUCCUGCACUCCAACGGUUUACGACCAGUACCCUUCAGAAGCCGAGAGUGGUUCUGCAGCGCCCUUCUCGGGAGGUGCUGUAGGUCCCGUUCACUCCAUGCCCAUGGGUGCCGUAUCAUAUCGAAAUCCAUCCAUAGCCUUCCAACCGCCGGGUGGGGUCGCUAUGUCCCCGCAAUCAAGCCAAGGUUGGAUGCCGGCGCCUAUGGAUCUCGCAGAUGCCCACCAGAUGAAAAAUGCUUUUCGCAACGGAUCCCCCUUGACUAUGCGUCGUGAUGGUAUCCGAAAGAAGAAUGCUCGCUUUGAGAUCCCUGCUGAACGGACGCUGGGUAAUAUCGACCAACUGAUUAACCAGUCGACCAACGAUGAGGAGAUCAAAGAGCUGAAGCAGCAGAAGCGGUUACUGCGUAAUCGCCAGGCAGCACUGGACUCUCGUCAGCGCAAGAAACUCCAUACGGAAAAACUCGAAGAAGAGAAGAAGCAUUAUACUCACGUCAUCACUCAACUCGAGGAUGCUGUUGCCAGUCUUCAGAAACGAGAGACCGAGUUGCUGGACGAGAAGAACGAGUUCAUUCGACAACAGCAACAACAGCAACAGCAGGUCACCGAAUGGCUUCAGAGUUUAUCUCUGGAGAAGGAUGAGCUGAUUCGUGUGCAUACGCUGGAAACAGCCGAGCUGCGCAAGAAGAACAACAUUCUGAUGGAGACCGUUGAGAAACUCGAGCGUGGUGUCAAACCUGGCAUGCUCGAGCACCACGCGGGUGACUUUGUUGGCUUCGAGAAUAUGCCCAUGGAGGGACACCCAUGGGAUGAGUUCUCCAUGGCCAACGGUCUCUCCAUGCAAGAUCAAAUGCCUUCCGCACCAGUUCCUCCUACACAUGCCCUCGUCCAAGCAAACGAGAGAUCCGAGAAGUCCUCAACCUCGGACUCCCCCUUCAGCUGGAACGCCUUCUACAUGUGUCUGCUCUUUGGUGCAUUCAUCGCUUCCAACAACGGCGCCCUUCCCGGCCGGAACCUACCCCAAUUAUCGGAGGAGUACCGCGCCGAGUCGGCCAACGUUCUAAAAGCGGUGCUAGCCUCGUCACCAUCGGAUGUCGCGCACCCCACCCACAGUGCAGUACCGACAGUCCCUAGCGCAGGGGCCGGACAAGCCAUGACAGGGAUUGAAAUGUCUCAGAUGGGACCCAGUGCUAGCACAUCCUCGACCCUUGACGAAUUACACGAGACCCUUGUGAUGUCAACCGAGGAACAGGAGCGUGCUCAGGUCUUCGCGAUGAAUGUGGAUCAGUAUAAUUCCCUCACCACAUUUGAAGCGGACGGCUCUGGCUUUAAGCCUCAGCAGCCAUCCCAGUUUCAACAGGCACUGGCGGCGAUGCGGAACAAUGCUGCUCAGCAUACGCGCAUUCAUGAUGCUGCUACUUCUAAUGUAUACAAUAGAUCACUUAUGUGGGAUCGAGUCCCACAGAAAGUGAUUCAGGAUUUCCGUCGCAUGGUUCAUGAGUAUGGCGCUACUCCUGUUAAACAGGAGAUGAGCUUUCAGUCCGCUUGA